AUGGUGAAAAGAGUAGGAGGAGGAGGCACUAAGAGAAAGAUCGAUAAGAUGGAAAAGAUCCCGAAGAGAGAGUAUCGCGCGACUACUUUCUCCAAACGUUGUUCCGGACUUUACAGCAAAGCCGCGCAGCUCUGUCUUCUCGCCGACGCACAGAUAGCAAUCUUGGCGACUCCUCCUUCUUCGCAGUCCAACGUCUCUUUCUUCUCCUUCGGUCACUCUUCCGUGGAUGCCGUCGUGAAAGCUUAUCUCACGGGACGGCGUCUUGCUCCUGUUAGGGAAGAGCCGAUGGAAGAGGACAUUGGUGUAUUGAUGGCUCGUAAGGAACUAGGGUUAGAGUUGUGGUGGGAGAAGGAGAGUCUUUGUGAAUCAAAGGAUCCUCGAGAGUUGAUGGACGCUGUCAAGGCCAUGGAGAGGAUGUUGAGUAAACUGCGUUCUGGAGACUUUGUUAGUGAUGAAGAAGACGUGACCAAGAGCAACGAGAUCAUGGCGAAGAAGAGCAACGUCGUUUUACACCAAGGAACUCAAGAACCGGAUGAAACCCUAGAUAUCCAAGCAGUUUGUUGCGUCCCUGGUGAUGAUUUACCUCAUGAGGGUUUUGACAAGAUCACUGAAGAGCAAGAUCAGAUACUCGCUUUAUGUGCCACGGACAACAACAUAAACGGUUUAAGUGGAUCAGGCUUGGAUGUGUACAGUCAAGAGGUGGAUAUUGAUGAACUGAUAGAUUGGACGACUUUUGAAAGUUCAGUAUUCGAUGAUGGUGUCUUGGAUAGCACUCAAGAGCAUCAGGGGAGUCUUUUGAUGAACUUCGAAGCUGCUGCUCAUGAUGUCUCCACGAACCCAAAUCCUCCCAUGUCUGUCUCUGAAGGUGUUGAAGAGGAAGCUUUGGUGUUUCAGAACAAAGCUGCUAAUGAUGUCUCCACGAUGAAUCCAGAUGAUCUUAUCUAUGAUUUUGAAGGUGUAGUUGAAGAGGAAGGCUUUGUGUUUCAGAACAGUGUUUUGGAUGAAGAUAAUCUCCAGUUCAGUGAUUAUUUCAACUAG